GAGGAGGAGGAGAUACGUGUAGCCUUGGCUUUAGCUGGCUUAGCAUUAGCAACACACGGCUAAAGGCGGAGGUGCAACAAGCUCCUCGGACGCCGGAAUAAGUGAUCUGCCUCCCGCUUUGGGUCGCUCCUCGGAUCCGGUGUUAGCUCGUGUAUGGGUUUAAAUCCCCGGGACUAAAAGCGGAAGCUGACGGAAGACACGGUGAUGGCGUGGUCAUGUGUACAGCCAGCGCUGUAUGUGUGGAGAUGGUUUUAACAGACGUUGUUCUGGAGGACUCAGGAACACUGCACUGGCCUGGAAGAGCCUCAUAAACAAUCACACCUGUAGACAAGAAGAUUUACACAAACACUCUGCUGCUGUGCUGGAAGAUAGGACAGAGACACAAGGACACACAACACAGGCACGCCAAUUCACAUCCUGCGUGUUUGUGAGUUAGCAGCCCGUCACCCAAUUCUAUCUCCUCUCCUGUGUGAGAGUGUUCAUUUCCCCCCCCCCCUGUUUGUCCCAUCUCCGCCGCCACCAUGCCGAGCUCCACCAUCCGCCGGCAGAUGAAGAACAUGGUGAACAACUACUCUGAUGCAGAGAAGAAAGUGAGAGAGUCCACCUCCAACGACCCCUGGGGCCCGUCGUCUUCUCUCAUGUCCGAGAUCGCAGACCUCACCUACAACGUGGUGGCCUUCAGCGAGAUCAUGAGCAUGAUCUGGAAACGGCUCAACGACCACGGCAAGAACUGGCGCCACGUCUACAAGGCGCUCACUCUGCUGGACUACCUGAUCAAGACGGGCUCGGAGCGGGUGGCGCUGCAGUGCAAAGAGAACAUCUUUGCCAUCCAGACUCUGAAGGACUUCCAGUACAUUGACAGGGACGGCAAAGACCAGGGCAUCAAUGUCCGGGAGAAGAGCAAGCAGCUGGUGGUCCUCCUCAAAGACGAGGAGCGCCUCAAAGGAGAAAGGUCUCAGGCUUUGAAGACCAAAGAGCGCAUGGCCCAGGUGUCCACAGGAGGCAGUCAGAUGGGUUUUGGCCGAGGUUCAUCCCAGCCCAACCUCUCCACUUCUUACAGCGAAGAGUACGGCCGGUCAGAGGGCUCACCUGCCUCCUACCAUGGCUCUACGUCCCCCAAUGCAGGCUCAGAGCUGGAGCAGGCCCGACCUCAGACCAGCGGAGAGGAGGAGCUACAGCUGCAACUCGCUCUCGCCAUGAGUAGAGAGGCUGCAGACCAGGAGGAUCGCAUUCGCAGAGGGGAUGACUUGAGACUUCAGAUGGCCUUAGAGGAGAGCAAGAAAGGGGGUCCAGGUUCAGCAAAACUGGCCAAAAAGAAGAAAGAGCCACAGUCAUCCUUACUGGAUCUGAUGGACGUCCCAGUGGCUGGAGCCAGUGCCGAUCCCUGGGGUCCUGGAGCUCGGGCCAGAGCAGCAGCCGGAGUCGGAGCUGGAGCCGGAGCUGGAGCCGGAGCUGCGGCUGCAUCAGCAGACCCCUGGCAGUCGUAUGGGUCUUCCCCUAAACCAGUAGCCCCAGUUGACCCGUGGGGUGUGCCGCCUUCUGUCCCACCCAUGAAGAGCAGCGACCCGUGGGCAAACUCCGCCCCUGCCGCUGACCCCUGGGGCUCUGCAGCCACCCGCCCCAAGACUUCCAACACAGGUGGCUUCGACCUGUUCAAUUCAUCCAAUGGUACGUCCAAAGAGGACUUCUCAGAGUUUGACAGCCUCCGCUCCUCCUCCUCUGUCCCCACUGGUGAUGGAGGUAUCACCUCCUCUAUUCCCUCCCAAGCCAGUCUCGCCAGCAGCGGCAGUCUGGACCUCUUCGACCACAUGCCCACAUCUAUCAACACAAACCCAACCAGAAAGACUCCCGAGUCCUUCCUGGGUCCCAACGCAGCCCUGGUGAACCUGGACUCCCUGGUGACCAAACCAGCCCAGCCCCCGCCGGUCGUCAACCCGUUCCUGGCUUCGACAGGUGGCGCCGCUCCAGCGGCAGCAGCAGCAGCCCACGCCAACCCCUUCCAAGUAAGCCAGCCGAUCCCCCCCACCCUCAACCAGAUGCGGGUCAGCCCCAUGCCCUCGGGCUUCGCCGCCAUGCCCGAGUCCAUGCCGGCCCAGCCAAUCACCAUGGUCCCUGUGGCAGGGCGUGCGAUGCCCGGUAUGGGGGUCAGCUCUCUGGGAGGUUUGGGGAUGCAAGCCUCCAUGUCCAUGCCCCAGCCCCUGAUGAGCAUGCCCCCCCAAGGGCAGCCCACAGGAACCACCAACCCCUUCCUGUUGUGAGGGGGGUGACUGGGGGGACGAUUUGCCCCAGAGUUACCCCUCUCUCCUCCCUCUCUCUUUUCCACUUUUGGCUCCUUAAGAAGCUUCAAAAAGAACAAGGAGACGUCUUAUAUCCCAUUUAUCCCUUUAUAACCAACUCCUACCCAGGUCAUAGUCCCGGCCCGGCCUCCUCCUAACUUACCACACUCCUUUCUCCGGUUUCCUUGUCUCUGUGCUAAAAGCUGCCUAGUCCUGAGUGUUCCAUGCUGAUCUGACGACGAUGUUGGUGACCACAAAGAGUUUGCUUCUGUCUACAGACUUACAGAGUAGCAGUGGUGUUUACAGUUUAUUUCCACAGAGGCACGUCAGGGCCCAGUCUCUCCUCCUCUGUCCUCCUCUCUCACCUGCCUCCGGUCCCUUACUUCCUCCCUUAGGACCUCUCCUUCUCUUCUUCUGCUGUGGAGUGACGGGGGAGAAUAACUGUACUAAUACCAGGAUCUUAUCUCUUCACUAAAGCUAAUCUUUUAUAAGCCCUGUCAGCUGGUGUGUGUGUGUCUGUCUGUGUGUUUGUGUUUGAACACAUCUCAGUACUUUUACACUGUGUAUAUACCAGUGGGUUUUACUUGCACACUGGAGUAAGGAUGAGAGAUGGGUUUAUACUCUGUGUGUAUGGGUGUGUGAUACUAAGCAGGGAUUUUGCACAAUUUUUUGCUUUUUAUUUUCUGCGACUGUUGGGCUCACCAUUACACCUUAGCUUAGGGAGGGAGGCUCGCCCCGAAAACGACGGAGAGGACGACAACACUCACACACUGCCUCCACUCUCGGUACCACUCGGUCUCAACUCUCGUCUGGACACUUCCCGUCACCAUGGACACUUUUCCUGACCUUUUGCAUAAACUUUGACCUCCAGGAGUCACAGGAUUAACAACAAACACUCAUCGACAAGAGAUGAAAAGAUGUGUAAAUGCUAACUUUGUGUAUGUACGUGCGUGACCUUGCGUUAAUGCUCAGAUACUAACAGCCACGCGGUAAAUUAAGUGUCUCUACCCAGUGUGUGUUUAGAGAAAAUGACAUGAACUGUGAUGGCAUCAGUAUUUUACUGUCUGAACGUGCAGUGGGACGGCUUUUCCAUGUUAUAGUUUGUUUCUAGGGUCAAAGGGAAGAGAUGGGUUUUGUGUGUAUGCGCAUGAGAAACGUUUAGCUUCCAAGUGUCUUUUAAUGAGCAGGUUUUGUCAUUGGUCACUAAAGAAUCAAAACAAAAGAUAACGUAGACAUUUGCAGCCUUAAGUGUGUGUGUGUGUGUGUGUGUGUGUGUAUGUGCUAGCACGUGCACAACCAUAUAUCAACAGGGGUUGCAAAGACAUGUCUGGGUUCAAAGGUCAGCCAGUCAGGAUUUUGAAGACAGUUUACCUCUGAGUGGAUUUACUGUGGCUAAUCUAUCUGAAAGAACAUUAUCUGUUGGACACACACACACAGACGCACACUUUGGGGUUGCUCCAGGAUCGGUGUAUUCAUAGCCCGGGAAUCCUGCAGCAGCGAGACGCGUCUUGUAAACAAGCAUUUUUUUUUUUCUUUCUGUUAAUUACUCAUUAGUUGUAAAUUCCUAGCCAAGCCUUUCUGAGUUGUGGAGCUGUGCACUAGCUAAGCCAUGUAUCAUCUUCAUUCUCUUCUUUUGUCUCCGUUCUGUCUAGUUCUUUUUUGCUUUUCUCACCCUGUGGAUAUGCUUUUGUAAUUCUCUUCCCUUAGAAGCACAACUGUUACCAAAGUCAUAGCGACUGUGAUUUGCAAGGACGUUGUAGUUUGAACAGUAGGGUCACACUUCACUGACACGUUUUGUUUUUCUGUUUAGGGAGCUCACGCUAGCAGAGACUCCAUUGUUCAUUUUUAUUUUUAUAUUUUCACUGCUUUUAUCCCCCUCCCCCAUUUGUUUGGAGCUUGUGUAAGAAAGUGUUACAGUUGUUACUUAUCGGCCCGUUUACUGACGGCAAACGGAGCAUCCCUGUGUCUAUAGGUUGGGAGAAGUGGUUUGAUGAACAGCUACAGUUUAUGAAUUAUGCGCCUGGUGUUUUUAGACCCUUCUUCCCUUUAGGUCACUCUUCUCUCUUCAGUUCUUCACUGCCAAUGUUACUGUGGAAGAGGGGUUUUCUUUUCUCUGUGUGGGUUGGCGCCCUCUCCUGGUCUGCUGUGAUUUGAUAGCUACACCAGGACCCUUGAUAUUUCCACUAGAGGCAGAACUUCAUUUCUCUCAGGCAAAAAGGAGGGGCAGCUCCAACCGUGUGUAUGUUUUUUUUUUUGUUCUUGAUGCUGAGGGCUGUGGUGAUUAUUAUGCUUGGGGUCCUGAACGAAUGGAUGUGACACUGACCAGCAGAUGUUUUAAAAUCCUAACAAAAUAUAUGCAAAACAAUUUUAGCUGGAAACCGUAAGAAAAAAGAUCAAAAAGACCGAACGCUUGAUGAGUUUAGCAAAGUCCGAUUUGCUUAAAGAUGUAUUGUAUUGAAAUGCGACUGUGAUGAACUCCAGCCAGGACACGUCACCUUUUAAAUUUUAACUCCAGCUGGUUGUGUCAAAGAUUGUUUUAUCGAUGCAUUGGUGGGAAAAAACUAAAAAAGAUCACAAAGCGAACCUGUUACCGUGUUGAUCAGAUUCAACGCUCUCCCAAACUGUCACAACACUGCAGUUCUUCAUUUAGAUUCUAUCUCGAUCCCUGGCAGCAGUUUCACGGUUACAACUUUUACUGUGCAGUGAAAAUGUGGCCUGUGUGUAGCGAGCUCCUCUGUGUGUUACUAUGUAUUCACUAUGCUUUUAUCAAGAGGACUAACUGACCCUAUGAACUGUCUUUGUAUGCAUAAACAGCCUCCUUUCUUCUUUUUUCACCUCUGUCUAUUUACUCUUCUCAUAGUACUGGGAGCAGGCUGCUUUUUUUAUUGGAUACGUGCUCAACCCGUUGGCAUUAUAACUGUAUAAUAUAAUUUAUCAUUUGUACUAUUGUAACAUACUGUUCUCCUGUAUACCUUAUUAUUCUGUGUAAUGGGUUUUGUAGGAAAAGUCACCGUGAUAUUUUAACGGCAUCUAAACAAACGAACGCAGCACACCGCCCCCUGUUGGAUGAUGACAACUGUAGCUGCAUUGGUUCAAAAAUAAAAUGUGUAUCACUUCAGAUCUGUAA